GUCUGUGAUGUCUUUGGGGUCUCCGAACAGCAGCGGGCGCUGGUCUCGUCCCGGCAGCGGCGGCGAAGAAGACGACGAGCCGGACGCGUGGCGGGCGACGCUGCCGGUGCUGGAGGACAGCGCCGAGCCGGACGCGUCGGCGUCGACGUCGACGUCGGCGGUCAGGGCCACCAGCCGUACGCGCAUUCCAAGCCUGCGCAAGCCGCGCAGCCGCACGCCCAGCGAGGACCGCACGCCCACCUCCUCCAAGGGCAUCACCGAGCUGGACCGCAAGGUCGAGCAGGCCGCCAGGGAGGCCCGCAGGCAGUGCCGAUGCGAGGACGAGGCCGGUGCAGCACCGGACGCCGACGGCAAAAACCCCAAAUGCGCCGACAAGCUCAAGGUCAGACGCCUGGGCGGAGGAAAGUACAACAUUGCUGGACGCAACGUCUACGUCAGACUGCUGAAGGGGAGGCACAUGAUGGUGCGCGUGGGCGGCGGGUGGGACACGCUGGAGCAUUUCCUGGAGCGGCACGACCCGUGCCAGGUGCGCGUGCUGGGCCGCGGCGACUCGUCGGCGGGCAACUCGCGCACCAACAGCCGCUCGAGCGGCAUCAACCGGCUCGGCCUGUCCAACAGCAGCAGACACUCGACGCCCGCCUCGCCCAGCGAAGGCUUCCUGCACAUCCGGGCCAAGUACCGCAGCCCUCCGCCGGCCAGAAGUUGAACUACGCAAUGGCUCCAGCUUUUUGCCACGAUUUGAUGCGAUUUCUUCUCGCUAAUCAGUGCUCGGCACUUAUUUUUGUUGAUUUUGAGGGCUAAAUUCGCUCUGAAUUUUAUUUUUUAAGUGUUUUCGAGG